AAAAAAAAAAUAUAUUAUAUAUAAUUAACAUAAAAAGACAAGAAUGGAAGGUAAAACUGUUAUAAUUACCGGUGCCAACAGUGGUAUUGGCAAAGAAACCGCCCGUGAUUUGGCCAAGCGUGGUGCCCGUAUUAUCAUGGCAUGCAGAAAUCUUGAAACAGCCAAUGCUGUCAGAGAUGAAAUUGCCAAGGAAACAGCCAACAAUAAAUUGAUUGUGAAAAAACUGGAUUUGGGCAGUUUCCAAUCGGUUCGCGACUUUGCCGCUGAUAUCCUAAAGACUGAAAGCAAAAUUGACGUGCUCAUUCACAAUGCCGGUAUGGCUUUGGCUUUCCGUGGACAGACCAGUGUCGAUGGCAUCGAAUUGACCAUGGCCACCAAUCAUUUUGGUCCAUUCCUUUUGACACAUUUAUUGAUUGAUUUGAUCAAGAAGAGUGCCCCAGCACGUAUCGUGAUCGUCGCCUCGGAAUUGUAUCGUUUGGCUUCGGUAAAUGAAAAUAACUUGAACCCCAUCGGCACUUUCCCUGCUGCCUAUUUGUACUAUGUCUCCAAGUACGCCAACAUUUUCUUUGCCCGCGAAUUGUCGAAACGUUUGACCGGCACCGGUGUCACCGUCAACUUCUUACAUCCCGGUAUGAUUGAUUCCGGUAUCUGGCGUAAUGUUCCAUUCCCCUUGAAUUUGCCCAUGAAGGCCAUCACCAAGGGUUUCUUCAAGACCCCUAAAGGUGGCGCGCAAACCUCCAUCUAUUUGGCCACAUCCGAUGAGGUUGCCAAUGUUACUGGCAAAUAUUUCAUGGACUGCAAGGAGGCUACAUUAAGUCCUGCUGCCAUGGAUGUUGAAAAGGGUAUUCGUAUCUGGGAAGAAUCCGUUAAAAUUUGCAAAUUGACUCCUCAAGAUCCUAAGAUUUAAAUUAGUUGUUGUAUCUGCGAAACCUAGUGACUGGU